AUGCAAUAUGAUGAUUCUGUUCGACAGCAACAAAUGAUAGACUAUCAACGACAACAGUAUGAACAAAAUCGAUUACUUGCUGCACAACAAGCCAGAGCACAAGAAUACGCAAAUAGUCAAUAUGAAAUGAAUCAGUAUCAAUGGCAUUCGAAGUAUUCAAACGACACUAUGAUGUCGUCUUCUUAUCCUUAUCCAAUUGAUUAUCCCGCAUAUAGACAAUCAGCAUAUCCAGUGCAACAACAUAUGCACAGAACAAAUUCUAUGAUGUAUCAACAUCAUCUACCAGCAUCGCAACAACAGCGUCAGUAUCAUCAUACACACUCUUCAACAUGUUGUUCGUCUCAAACAUGCUCUCCAACUAUGCAAGAUCAACAACAAGCAAUGUAUAAUCAACGAAUGCAGCGGCAUCUGUCUUUACAACAGCAGAAUCCGGCAGCGUUAUCUGGAUUUCCAGUGACAGCGACAUCCACAGCAUCUCAACAACCACCACAAACACAACAAUACAGAUAA